GUUGGGGCGGGGCGGGGCGGGGCGGGGCGGGGCGCGGCGUCACGUGGGGGCUCUCGCUCCGGUGGGCGACUAGCCCGCGCCGGGAGCCGCGCCGGAAGUGACGUGGCGGUUGCCGGAAAUGCUGUGCUGGGCGGCGGCACGACGGCGGGCGGGCGGCGAGGAGGGCUCCUGCCGGGCGGCGGCAUGGCGCACAUCACCAUCAACCAGUACCUGCAGCAGGUACAAGAAGCCAUUGACAGCAGAGAUGGACAGUUUUGUGCAGAAUUGGUAUCGUUUAAACACCCUCAUGUCGCAAACCCAAGGCUUCAGCUUCCAUCUCCAGAGGAGAAGUGUCAACAAGUGUUGGAACCACCAUAUGAUGAAAUGUUUGCAGCCCACUUAAGAUGUACUUACGCUGUUGGAAACCAUGACUUUGUAGAAGCAUACAAGUGCCAAACAGUUAUCGUUCAAUCUUUCCUGCGAGCAUUUCAGGCACAUAAGGAAGAAAACUGGGCCUUGCCUAUUAUGUAUGCUGUAGCCCUUGAUCUUCGAAUUUUUGCUAAUAAUGCAGAUCAACAGCUAAUGAAGAAAGGGAAAAGCAAAGUUGGUGACAUGUUGGAGAAAGCAGCAGAACUGCUGAUGAGCUGUUUCCGAGUCUGUGCCAGUGACACUCGAGCAGGCAUCGAAGAUUCCAAGAAGUGGGGCAUGUUGUUUCUCGUGAAUCAGCUGUUCAAAAUUUAUUUUAAGAUCAACAAGCUCCACCUAUGUAAACCCUUAAUUAGAGCAAUUGACAGCUCAAAUCUGAAGGACGAAUACAGUAUGGCACAGCGAGUUACAUACAGAUACUAUGUCGGACGCAAAGCCAUGUUUGACAGUGACUUUAAGCAAGCUGAGGAGUACCUGUCCUUUGCCUUUGAGCACUGUCACCGCUCAAGCCAGAAAAACAAAAGAAUGAUCUUGAUCUACCUGCUGCCAGUAAAGAUGUUGUUGGGCCAUAUGCCAACCGUUCAGCUCUUAAAAAAGUACGACCUUAUGCAGUUUGCUGAAGUAACAAAGGCUGUGAGUGAAGGCAAUCUUCUCCUACUGAAUGAUGCUCUGACAAAGCAUGAGACCUUCUUCAUUCGAUGUGGAAUCUUUCUUAUCCUUGAGAAGCUGAAAAUCAUCACAUACAGAAAUCUCUUUAAGAAAGUAUAUUUACUACUCAAAACACACCAACUAUCGCUAGAUGCCUUUCUGUUUGCUCUGAAAUUCAUGCAAGUAGAUGAUGUUGACAUUGAUGAAGUCCAGUGCAUUUUAGCUAACCUUAUUUACAUGGGUCAUAUUAAAGGCUAUAUAUCUCACCAGCAUCAAAAACUUGUUGUCAGUAAGCAGAACCCGUUUCCUCCGCUGUCAACGGUGUGUUGAGCAUUGCAUCUUAGCCGUGCAAGUACUUUUCAGAUACACAGCUUGCCCAGUGGAGCUGCUCCUAAUCAGCCAGGGAACUUUGUAAAUGACCUGGGUCGUGUCCAGGACUGGAAUACCAGGAACUGUUUAUGGCUCCUUUCCCAGAAUGACCAAGGCUGCCAGUGUAACAAAGUGCAUUGGAAUGAAAUACUCACUUUUCAGUGAUAGUUUCUGCAGGCUUUCUAGAUCGUUCAAACUAUCUCAUGAAGAAAUAAAAGCAAAGCAUUCCAAACUCCUUUCAAAGUACUUAAAAGCUUUUACGAAGUACUGUGUGUUACUAUUUCUGCAUUUAUCUUUCGGAAAAGUAUCAUCCUUUGGUACAUACAGUAAUCCAGUUUUCAGGGUGGAAAUAAUGUUUUCUUGUAUGUUUUCCACUUUCUAAAGCUCUUCGAUAAUCUUGCUGCCCUCAAAUAUGCUCUUCAAGCCUUCUCUAAAAACUAGAGAAGUUGUACUUGACACCAAAAGCUUUGCAGUUUCAGUGAUAUUUACAAGUUCAAGUAAAUUUGUGGUGUUUUUUUUUGGUCUGUAGUUGCUCAGAUAUGUUUUUGUUUUUUAAUUCCUUUAAUGUUUUGAUUAAAUUUUGUUACAAUGAGCAAAAGCAUAUCUAAGUAAUUUACCCAUACACUGUUUUAUUCUGUUUCUGGGGAAAAGACUGCCACUGGGUCCAUUGUUUUAAGUGUUCCUUGUGUGUGUGUGUUCUGUUUUUUUUUAUUAUUUUUUGGGGGUGGGGAGGAGGAAGAGUACAACAUACCUUUGUGUGUUGUGAUGGGAUAUUUUUUUUAAUAAAGAAAAUAAAACAUUUUUCCCCCUC